CUUCAUCGAAACCACCAAACCGACUGGACAAGAAAGUUCCUUCCUUUCUACUACUAAUAAUCAAUCAGGAUUUUGUAGUGGCCAAGAAAGAAUGGCACUUCCUCACGUGCUCAUUUUCCCCUUACCUAUUCAAGGUCCUGUGAAUUGCAUGCUAAAACUAGCUGAGCUCUUCUGCCUUCAUCACCAAGAAAUUCAUGUCACUUUUCUCAACUCUGAGCAUAUUCAGCAACGCCUGCUGAAUUGCACGGAUGUUCAAAUCCGCUUCAAGAAAUACCCGAACUUCAAAUUUAUGACAAUUCCGGAUGGACUAGCAGAAGAUAAUCCAAGAACUGGAGAUCAAGUAAGAAAUCUGGUGAAAGGUGUAGAAGAUGUGAGCAGCCCACUGUUGAGAGAGAUGGUAACUUCUGGUUUACUAAGUCCAAAUUCUGAGAAGCCAGUUACUUGUCUUUUGGUUGAUGGAAUUGUUACCUUUGCUGUUGAUAUUGCCAAAGAGGUUGGGAUCCCACUUCUUUAUUUUGAUACUAUUAGUCCUUGUGCUCUUUGGACUUGCUUAUGCGUUCCAAAACUCAUUGAAGCUGGGGAAAUUCCUUUCAAAGGAAAUGACUUGGAUGCUUUAGUAAAUAAUGUGCCUGGAAUGGAAGGUGUGAUCAGGCGCCGAGACCUGCCCAGUUUCUGCCGUGCACCUGACCUUAAUAACCCCACUAUCCAACGUAUUGUCAAGGAGGGGAAACAUAUUGUCCAAGCCCAAGGUCUAAUAUUCAACACAUUUGAGGGCCUUGAAGGGCCCAUUCUCCCACAAUUCCGAACUCUGUGUCCAAACAUCUACUCCAUUGGGCCUCUCCACAUUCACCUGAAGAAAAGUCUAUCUUCGAAAUGUAGUGUGCCAAAGACAUCAACAUCCAACAGUAUCUGGAAAGAGGAUAUGAGUUGUAUGGAUUGGCUCGACGAGCAGCCGAACAAAUCAGUUCUAUUUGUCAGCAUUGGAAGUGUUGCAACCAUGAGCAAGGCCCAAUUGUUGGAAAUUUGGUAUGGUUUGGUGAACAGUAAGACUCGGUUCUUGUGGGUUCAAAGGCCUGGUUCAGUGAUUGGGCUUGAAGAGAACAACGAUAUUCCCAUGGAAUUGUCUAAAUAUACAAAGGAAAGGGGUUGUAUUGUUAGUUGGGCUCCACAAGAAGAAGUUUUGGCUCACCCAUCAAUUGGUGGGUUUUUAACCCAUUGUGGAUGGAACUCAACUUUGGAAAGUAUAGUAGAGGGAGUGCCUAUGAUUUGUUGGCCUUACUUUGUUGAUCAACAAGUGAACAGUAGAUAUGUUGGGGAGGUGUGGAAGCUUGGGUUAGACAUGAAAGAUGUAUGUGAUAGAGCCAUAGUUGAGAAGAUGGUUAGAGAAAUUAUGGAAGUGAGGAAAAUUGAAUUUUUGGAAAGGGGAAGGGAGAUGAGAAAGUUGGCAAUAGAAAGUGUUAAUGAAGGUGGCUCUUCGUACAAAGAUUUGGACAGUUUGGUUGAGGAUAUUAGGCUGAUGAGGAUAUAACCCUCUUAUGGAUCUAGAAUUCUUUGGGCUCUUCAUGGUGCCCGGCUACUCUUCUUUCAUUUGGUGCAUAAACAGUGUUGAAUAUGACUUGAAUUCUCUUUGUUUAAAAUUACAAACUCUUAGUGUAUGUUUGGUACGAAGGAAAAUAUUUUUCGGAAUUUUUUUUCUUUCAA